CUAAUCGACAACGCCCAUAAGCAAGACCCAACAAUCACGACCCUCCCAUCAGGCGAACAGAUUCCUUACGAACUCCACUACGCCAACAAGAUGACCAGCUAUCUAUACAAACAUACGCAGUCCCCCUCUGAACGGCUACAGCUCGCCGUACGGGCACAGCAUCUCCGCCGGUGGGAGGUUCCCCGCUCGACAUACCCGGCCGGGAAGAUAGGGUAUUACUCGUGGCGCACGUUUUUGGCGAAACGCCAGGCAGAGAUGGUGGUCGCGAUGUGUCGGGAGGGCGGAUACACCGACGAAGAAGCCGGGGAGGUGGGCGCUCUAGUGCGUAAGGAAGGGUUGAAGAAGAGAGCCACGACUGCGACUGAUGCGGAUCAAAGCCUGGGUGAUGAAACGCAGGUUCUCGAGGAUGUAGCCUGUUUGGUGUUUCUGGAUGAUCAGUUCGAAGGGUUCGAGAAAGGGUACGAGGAGGAAAAGGUCAUUUCGAUCCUGCAGAAGACUUGGGCCAAGAUGUCGCAGAGGGGUCAUGAAUUGGCGUUGCAGAUUGACAUGUCGGAUAGAGCGAAGGGGUUGGUUGAGAGGGCAUUACAAGGAUAAUAGUACAGAUUACAGUUUAC